GCGAACAAUAAGCCAUCCGCCAAUCGGCAUUAACAUGGCCAGGAUUGCGUCGUCGCCCACGGUGCUCAGUUGAAUUCCAGUGCCGUCCAUUAAAACAGCCGACUUGGAAAAUACGAUAUCAAAGUGUGCUCAGAUAUACUAGAAGCUUACAUGCGGAUAUAACAUCAAGGAUGACAUAUUUAUGGAGCAGGGAUAUUGAGAAAAGAUCCCCGCAUGUAUAACGCACGCAUCUUCGACCCUGUCGUGGCUCGCUGCAUUGCCUGGCAAAACGGAACAAUUGGUGGAUAAUUCUCCUCGUGACUAAAGUUGGGUAUAUUUCAUCGCUGAAAUAGAUAGAAACUCGAAUGUGGUUUCUGUCAUGAGUCCGGCCGGGUGCUCCCAUGUGAACGGUUUUAAAGUGGAGAACUGGAAGCAGAAUCUGCGGGUCAUAUACCAGUGCUUUGUGUGGAGUGGCUCUGCUGAAACCAGGAAACGCAAGGCGAAGUCAUGUAUGUGUCACAUGUGUGGAGCUCAUUUAAAUCGGCUUCACUCCUGUCUUCAUUGUGUGUUCUUCGGCUGUUUCAGCAAGAAACAUAUCCACGAGCAUGCCAAAAACAAGAGACAUAACCUAGCUAUAGACCUUUUGUACGGUGGAAUAUAUUGCUUUGUGUGCCAAGACUACAUAUAUGACAAAGACAUGGAACAGAUUGCCAAAGAAGAACAAAGAAAAGCGUGGAAGUUGCAAGGAAUCGGGGAGAAAUAUUCAAUGUGGGAGCCCACGAAACGUGAACUGGAGUUGUUGCGGCACAACCCCAAACGAAGAAAAAUAACGGCGAACUGCACCAUAGGAUUGAGGGGUUUGAUAAACCUUGGGAACACAUGCUUUAUGAAUUGUAUCGUUCAGGCUCUCACACAUACUCCGCUGCUGAGGGACUUUUUCCUGUCUGACAGACACAAGUGUGAGAUGCAAUCCAACUCUUGUCUAGUUUGUGAAAUGUCUCAGCUUUUUCAGGAGUUCUACUCGGGUCAUCGUUCUCCUCACAUUCCCUUCCGCUUGCUGCAUCUUGUGUGGACCCACGCUAGACACCUCGCUGGCUACGAGCAGCAGGAUGCACAUGAGUUCCUCAUAGCUGCUUUGGAUGUGCUGCAUAGACACUGCAAAGGAGAUGACAAUGGGAAAAAAGCCAACAACCCAAACCACUGCAACUGCAUCAUUGACCAAAUCUUCACAGGAGGCCUGCAGUCGGACGUGACCUGCCAAGUGUGCCAUGGAGUGUCCACGACAAUAGACCCUUUCUGGGACAUUAGUUUGGACCUUCCUGGUUCUUCCACCCCCUUCUGGCCCCUCAGUCCGGGCAGUGAUGGUAGCGUUGUGAAUGGAGACAGCCAUCCCACCGGAGCAACCACACUCACAGACUGCUUACGAAGGUUCACCCGACCUGAACAUUUAGGAAGUAGUGCCAAGAUCAAAUGCAGUGGUUGUCAUAGUUACCAAGAGUCCACCAAGCAACUAACAAUGAAGAGACUUCCUAUAGUGGCAUGCUUCCACCUUAAACGGUUUGAGCAUUCUGCAAAGCUCCGACGAAAGAUCACCACCUAUGUGUCAUUUCCUCUGGAGCUGGACAUGACACCCUUCAUGGCCUCCAGUAAAGAGAGCCGAAUGAAUGGACAAUACCAGCAGCCAGUAGAUUCAUUAAACAAUGAUAACAAGUAUUCUCUCUUCGCAGUGGUGAAUCAUCAGGGCACGUUGGAGAGCGGCCAUUACACCACAUUUAUCCGUCAGCACAAGGACCAGUGGUUUAAAUGUGAUGAUGCCAUCAUCACUAAGGCCAGCAUUAAAGACGUUCUGGACAGUGAGGGGUACUUGUUAUUUUACCAUAAACAGUUCCUCGAAUAUGAAUAAUUCCCUGAUCCGGAGGUGGUCCGAGUUAAACGCUGUGAAGGGAAGAUCAUAUGAGUGAAGGUGGGGUGGAAAACAGAAACAAAGCAAGCAGCAUAAAGCACCCAGCCUGACACUUGUUCAUCCCAGGAGAGCUGGCAAGAACAGAAGAGGGUUGAAACACGCAGCCCUUCUAACUAAAGAAAAUCAAAACGACUAAAUAAGAAUGAAAAAAAAAUGACACGGCUAAACCAAUCUGCACUGAGCAACCGGAGCAUACUUGACAGAUGGAGAGAGAGAGGAGGAGGAGGCGGCGGCAUUAGAGAUGAAGAGCCCUCCACCUGUUCUCUUUCCUCUCACUACAGAUAGAGGAGACAGACUGACAUCUCAUCACCCUGUUUUAAAGGAAUAGUAAUGACCCCUCAUAAAAAAAAAAGUUAUUUACUCAUUCUCAUGUUGUUAUGAACCCACAUGACUUUCUUCUGUGUUAUGCACAAGGUACAUUUUAAAAUAAAGUGAAUCGAGACUGUGUCAAAGCUUUAACAUGACCAAAAAGACAUGAUGAUAAACAUCAAUAAAAUCUCAUGAAAGUGGUUUAUAUGACUAUAUAUAUAUCAAGUGUUGUGAUGAUAUACUGUAUGAUAGCUUUAUGUGUAAAAGACCAACUUUAGGUUAUGUACUGAUUAUCUUUCACUUUAGUAGUUUUUUCGACAUUUGUUACUCUCAUGAGCUUUCAUAAACACACAGAAUAAAGUUUUAUUUUUUUUAUUAGUUGCAUGGACCACAUUUUUUGACAGCCCUAGGCUUUCAUUUUUCAAAAGUAGAAUUUUUUGACCAAUUAAAAAGAAAUCUUGUUAAACAGUAUUAAGUCGUGGGUUUGAACAACAUGAGGGGAUGUAAAUAAUGACAGGGUUUAAUUUUUGCGAGCGUUCCUUUAACUUCACAAUCUCAUUUUUCUCUUUUAGUUCUCAUAAUGAAAAUGAAACGUGUAUUUGCUUCACAUCCCCAAAUGUUUCAAAAAGUAUAUGAGGGAAAAUAUUCCUUCAUUUCUUUGUAUGCAUUAUUGAUGUACUGAAUGCAAAAGACAGAAAAGAGGUAUUAUGAACUUUAAUAUAAUCCUGUAUUGUUUGUUAAUUGAGUUUGGAAAUACUGUCAGUGUCCAGCACUUUGUUUUUCAUUCAAAAGAGUUUUAAACUCUGCCUGCCCUCGUUUAUUUUUUCAAUGUGUUUUUCUUUUGGUCGAGGGCUGAAAAUGUAUCACACACACAUGCAUAAAUAUAUAUAUAUAAAUAUAUUUUUAUAAGUCAUUCAUUUCCUGUUUACAUGUCCUGUAUCCCCAUCACCCCGUUUUCUUCUCUUAUAUGUGCUGUAAGUCUUCGUCAUGAACGGAAAGAAGGUAUUUCUGUGCGAAGUAUAGCUUUGGUCUCUUUUUGUUGAACAUGAAAUGUUUCAGUUGCCGAUAUGUUGCUACAGGUUUGGUUGUGAAGGCUUGUCAUGUUUUCGGAUGCAUUGUGAAUGAAGACUCGUUUUUCUUUCCUUUCAUGUGAUGCCUGUUGCCACCAUGGCUUGAUUCAGCAGUGUUAUUCUCAGCCACAUGUUGCUCCAGUCGUGUGCGUGUGUGUGUGUGUGUAUGCGCGUGUUUGUGUGCACGAGUGCGGAGGUGCGCACGUAUGCAUAUCCAUACUACCUGAGCGUGUGUGCGCGCGCAUGCAGGGAUGUGGGCACCUGUGUGUCGGUGUUGUCAACGUGUGCGUGUGUAUGUGUGUACUGAAUCAGUACUCAAUCUUGGCAUGCCGUUCAAACUGGAUGCUAAAAGACUUUGGGGAGGAUUUUAUAAAUGUUAAUUAUGUAUCUAUGUAUAGUAUGUAUGUAUGUAAUGUAUGUAAAACAAAUCAAUGGAAAAAAUAGUGGAAAUGG